AUGAAUUCCCCAUCUGAUAGAAAGAUUAUAGUACCCAAAGAAUUGGAUAACCUAGAUGACGUUUUCUAUGGAGUUGAAAGAAAUGGUCAUUUAGGACUAUCCGCUAACGGCGAGGUCGAAGCCAAACAUCGAUUGGUUUUGGUUCAAUGGUUAAAUAAUCUUCUUCCUUCGUUGGACUUCACGGCAAAUGUCACGGAUGGUGAGUUAAGAGCGUGCUUAAGUAAUGGUACUGUUUUGUGCCUGAUAUUGAACAAAUUGCGACCCGGUUCCGUGACUAUGGUUAGUGAAUCUGAUCAUUCUCUUCCAUCACAAUCUGAAAACGUUAAAACCUUUCUGAAAGCUUUGGAUGGAUUGGGAGUGCCGCGGUUUGAAAUAUCAGACCUAGAGAAGGGAUCUAUGAAGCCUGUCGUGGAUUGUCUUCUAAUACUCAGAGUCAAAAGCUUGAUGAAUUCUUUGGGAGAAAAUGUUUCUUCAACUAGUUCCACUGCAUCGAGCCCUCGUGGAUAUGCAGCUUCGAGUUUUCAUUAUUCCCCGCCAUUUAGCGUGGAUAAGCGGAGGGCUUCAUCUGAGUCGAGGUUUCAUGGUGUUAUGAGUAGCCCUACUAUGGCGGAAACACCGGCUUCGUUAAUAUACCAAGUUGGCAAUAAGUUCCAUGAGGUGUUUCAAAUUAAACCUAGAAGCUAUGCAGAUCUUCCCGAUGCAAAAAUAUCCGAAAUGAUGAAAUCAAACAGUUUAGAUAAUGCUCCGACUCAGUCGCUACUAAGUGUAGUCAAUGGCAUUCUCGAAGAAAGCGUCGAAAGAAGAAAUGGAGAAAUACCUCAUCGCGUGGCGUGCUUGUUGAGAAAGGUUUCACAGGAGAUUGAGCGGCGCAUAUCAACUCAAGCGGAACAUUUACGAACCCAAAGUAAUCUUUUUAAGGCCCGGGAAGAAAAGUAUCAGUCGAGAAUAAAAGUACUCGAGGCAAUUGCAUCUGGAAAUAAAGAAGAGAGCGAGAUAUUUGCUAGCCAGCUUCAACGGUUGAAGGUUGAGAAGGUCAAAGAGGAAGAAAAAAAGGAAAAUGAAAAAAAAAUUAUUCGGUUGAUGAAAAUGCUAGAGGAUAAAAAUUUGGUAAUUUUAGAAUUGACACAAAAACUUGAAGCAACCAAAAACCAAUAUGAAACACAAUGCUCGCAGUUGGAAGAAGCAGCUGGAGAUGCUAAAGCAGAAUUGAGACAGAAAUCUCAAGAAUAUGAGGAUCAAUCAGAAGAAUUGAGGAACGAGGUUAAAGAACUUGAGACUUCUUCGGAUUCGAAAUAUCAGGAGUGGAACAUGAAAAAGAACCAAUUGCAGGCGGUUAUAAAUUUUCAAUGUAGUUCUCUACAGAAAUUGAAAUUAUCUUGGGAAUCGAUUAGGCAAGAUGUUAUGAAAGAGAAAAUGGUUUAUGCAGAAGAGUGUAAUCGAUUAGGUGUAAAUCUCAAACCACUCGUUCAUGCGUCUCAGAACUAUCAAGUCAUCCUUGCGGAAAAUAAACAAAUGUUUAAUGAAAUUCAAGAACUAAAAGGAAACAUCAGAGUAUUUUGUCGAAUUAGACCGUUCCUUGCGGGCAAAAAGGAAACACAGUCAAUUAUAGAAGACAUAGGUGAAAAUGAUUUGGUUGUCGAAAAUCCAUCCAAAGGGAAAGAUGCACUUCGAUCAUUUAAAUUCAACAAGAUUUUCGGUCCUGCCGCGACUCAAGGGGAUGUAUACUCUGACAUUCAACCCUUUGUAAGAUCAGUGCUAGACGGAUAUAAUGUCUGUAUGUUCGCUUACGGACAAACUGGUUCCGGGAAAACUUACACAAUGACCGGUCCAAGUGGAGCAACAAGCGAAAAUCUUGGUGUUAACUAUCGAGCACUAAACGAUCUCUUCAGAAUUUCCACAAGUAGGGCAAACUUCACAGACUAUGAGAUUUGGGCUCAAAUGGUUGAGAUAUAUAACGAGCAAGUUCGUGACUUUUUUUUCUUCUCUGGUUUCCUUGAUUUGCACACACUUGGGAUAUCGACUCAAUCUCAAUCCAACGGUAUAGCAGUCCCCGAUGCUAGCAUGUUUCCGGUUAAAUCACCUUCAGAUGUCAUUAAGUUGAUGGACAUUGGCCUUAAAAAUAGAGCUGUUAGCGCGACCGUUAUGAACGAAAGAAGUAGCCGUUCUCACAGUGUGGUCUCAAUUCAUGUUCGUGGGAAGGAUUUCAAGUCGGGUUCUACUCUGCAUGGCAAUCUUCAUUUGGUAGAUUUGGCGGGAAGUGAAAGAGUAGAUCGUUCUGAAGUAACCGGAGAUAGGCUUAGGGAAGCGCAACAUAUAAACAAAUCACUCUCUGCCCUCGGAGACGUCAUUUUCGCCCUUUCUCAAAAGAGCUCCCAUGUACCAUAUAGAAACAGCAAGCUUACUCAACUUCUGCAAAAUUCUCUUGGUGGUCAUGCAAAGACUCUGAUGUUUGUCCAAAUUAACUCGGACGCGAGUUCAUAUUCCGAAACUCUGAGUACUUUAAAGUUUGCUGAGAGAGUUUCUUCAGUUGAACUAGGAGCCGCACGGAAUAACAAGGACGCAAGAGAAUUAAUGGAACAGGUAACUUCUUUGAAGAACGCUAUUUCGAAAAAAGAUGAGGAGAUUGAGCGUCUUAAGUCGCUAAAUAUGCCACCGGUUGGUGGUAUUUCUAAGCAAGUUCAAAAACAAUUAAGUGGAAGUUAUAAGCAUCUUGUUGAAGGUGAUAUCCAACAGCGAACGAUCGAUCACAUACAGCAAAAUGAAUUUCUCCAUCCAUCUGAAAACGCUAAGCGAAAAACUCAAGGAUUUUCAGAUACGAGUAAUAAUGAAAGAUCAAGUGAUAUCUCUGACAAUAAUAGUCUUGUUUUGGGCAACGAAACUGAUGGUUCUUCUGAUAAUUCUAUUAGCCGUGAAAGCAAAAAAACUUCAGACACGACGAAGAAAUCUAAACUACUAGCCAAAACCGUUAAAGCGGUAAGGAAAUUAGGCCGAAUUCCCUCUAGCGUGGGUUUAGAAAAGGACUCCUUGAAGAAAGGAUCAGGUCUGACCAAAAGCCCGAGUAUUAGCCACAUUAAAGCUUCAAAAAGGUGGCAGUAG